CGUUGUUUGUACUCCGUGGUAGCAUAGAUUACCGCACCCCACUCCCCGCGUCGACAUCUAUCCGACUCCCGGCCGGCCACCCCAAUGUCGACGACCAAGCUGCUGAUGGAGGUGGCUGCCGACGCUCGGUCUAAAGGGAACUUCCCCAAGGCGCAGGAGUAUCUACUACGAGUUGUCAGGACUAAUCCCAACAACAAGCAGGCAUGGGAAGAGCUUGGCCAGUGCUACCUCGAAACGGGGAGCCUGGAGAACUCGCUGGAGGCCUACCGACGAGCGGUGGCACUCACCAAAGGCAGCGAUGAAGACAGCGCCUCAGGCAAAUGAACGGCGUUAUUAUGUACCACGAGGCGCGGACGGCGGUGUGGCCAGGCGUUUCUGUACAAUCCCGUGCUUGGCGAGCGAGCGGCUGACGUAGUGGUAGCAGCGACAAGCACGCAUGCAUGCAUAGCGACGAUUUGUUGUGCCACUACUUUCCCCUUGGAAGACGAUCCUACGCACCUGCUGCCUGCGCCAGUGUACUUCUGCUGUCACUGCUGCUGGUGCUCUGUUUGGAGUCGGAUGCAGCAGCAUCCGUCACCGGCAAAUUUUACCGCCGCGGUUUUUUAUGUAUAAUGAAAAGAGGCAAAAAGUUUUGGCGCAUUCGAGGUCUGCAGAAAAUGGAGAACCGACGGAAAGGCAGCCAACCGUAGCUUCCCGAGCAAGGUUCCGUUUUGUACAGCGUGAAAAAUCGGCCGGCUCAUCCGGUUGUGUCUCUCCCGCGUUCUCUCUCCCUUUAGUUCCAGGGCGCGUAGCGCGUAUUUUCAUCAGAAACCGCGUUGGCGAACCUAGGGCGGGAGCAACGAGUGAGUGGUUGUGGCCCUUUUCGUUAUCCUCGUUCGUGAAUUGAUCUGGGGGCGUGGAUAGUGAGUCACAGCAUCCUCUUCCCUUACCCUAUAGGGCGGGGUUCCUUUUUCACUAUCCCCUCCCUCCCCCCCCCCCCCCCCCCCCCCCCCCCCCCCCCCCCCCNCCCCUCCCCCCCCCCCCCCCCGCCCCCCUCCGCUUCUGUGGCGCGCUGUGGGUUUGGGUUAAGGUUUGCAUUUAUUUUUUGUGUCAAUGUGUCUGUGUGAAUGAUCGUAGUGGUGGGGUGUGAUGUUUUGUCAAGCGAGGAGGAGGACGAGCGUGCACGGGUGAUUUGAACUUUCACCCCGACUUUGCGGUAGCGCAUCUGCUACGGCUAUUCGGUGGUGAGCAGUAGACUGUUGUGGUUAUUUUUCAGCUGGUUAUUGUGGCGCUCUCAAGGUUCCGGACGUGCCGCCUUCAGUGUGGUGGUGCGACGGGACUGCGGGCACGAGUAUUUUGUUUGUAUGAGUGCGACGAUUGUGUUGCAUAUUCGUCGAUUUUAUUCUUCGACAACCAGUGUUUGUCGUGUGGGACGUGGUACACACUACCCGGUCAAGGAAGCAUCUCUCCGCACCCACAAGUUUGAGUAGAGCGUCCUUUUUGGGCCAAACCGAUUGUUUCCCUUCUACUCAUCACCGCUUCUGCUGUGUUCGUUGAGCGGGGGAUGGGGCAAGCUAGGUCACGUGCUACACGGCGAUCGCUCUCUUGCCUUGGAUGUGACGAAGCAGCAUUACCAGCCCAGACUACCGCGGCCUUGUGGGUCCGUCUUUGCUGUCGGUGCCGUUAGAAAAGAAGUGUUUGUUGUUCUGUGCGCGCGUUGUGCGUUCGUUGUCAUGCCCUUGGGAUGCGACUGGUACCACCGCAGUUAGUGCGUACACCGAGUUACCAUACCGUACCAUCAGUGAGGUCCAUGUUGUUAUGAUCUUGAUAUGACGGUGUGCAUCUAUGGCCUUGCGAUGUAGUUUGCAUAGGUUGUGUGGCAUCGCAUGCCUUAGAUAUGUUGCUUGAUUAAUGUGAUGUUUUGUGUCUCAUGGUGGAACAUGUCUACGCCCACGGCCCACAGAAUUUAUCUCGUUUAUAGUCGACAAAAUGAUCUUGAGCAAUUUUGAAGGGAGGAUUUAUCGCGAGAGCUGAGAGGGGGGGGGGGGGGGGNNNNGGGGGGGGGGGGGGGGGGGGGGGGGGGGGGGGGGGGGGGGGGGGGGGGGGGGGGGGGGGGGGGGGGGGGGGGGGGGAGGAACUGCAACAGUUCUUCUUCGGGCGGGGGUUUGCAAGUGUGACCCUACGUCGUGUGUUGUGUGACUUCUUCGUUCCCUUUGGUUCACAAAAGAGGAGAGCCAAUACUGUAUCCUUAUCCAUCGGUUAGUAAGCGGGAGUUCGCAACACAAAACUGACUUUCUCAAUUUGGGGUUUGGGUUAUUUCGUUAUUUCGUUAUUUCAAGGGAGGGUGCAAAUCGUGUGCGUUCCCUGUUGUGUCACCAGUUGUAUUGCCAUGCGUCUAGCGAACGAAGGAGUCGGAGGUAAAAAAAAUAUUUCUGCUUGUCGAAAGGCACGGCGUAGCUGCUCUUUGCCAACGGAUGCGCAAGCAAAGAGGCAACGUGGCAGCGAUUUAGAUGAGGAACUUCGCCAACAAUGUGGACCGUGAAUGCGUGAUGUUACGUGUC